AAAUUCAAGUGUUACAAAAUAAGUACAGCGUCACAGUGCUUUGUGUAAAAAAUUCUAAAUACCACAAAUGAUGUCGUGUGGGGCAGAAUGUCUGUCCCUUGGCCCUCCGCCGGAUUCAAUUAUGCAUAUGCCCCCACCGCCUCUACCGGCCUUCCUCGCCAACAUGGCCAACUUGACGCCACCCUGCAGAGCAUCGAAGUGCCCCCCACUGCUCAAUAACGAAGACAACUCAUUAUUUCCCGGAGUCGAGUAUCACGAGUUACCACGACAUGAACCAGCUGCAUCUGACGACACAUGGUUCCUGGUGCUUAUUACUUGCUGUAUUGCAGUGCUCUGUAUUGCUGCAGUUUUGGCAAUUUUUUUACUGAAAUGUAGAGAAGCACGCGGUGGCUGUAAAAGCGGAACGGGUAAAACAAGCGGCUCCAAUGCGCUCUAUGGUAGUGCUGCCCUUGACUCUCGAGUAUUGUGGGCUGCCCUCACGCCAAGAGGAACUCGACAUUUCGUCGCCGAUACUUACCCACAUGAUGAAACGGAGGACCAUCAUUAUGAAUGUGUCGAACCACCUCUAUACAAACUUGGACCGCCUGAAGAUUUAGCCAUCACUAGACAUUACACCGUCGAGUAUGAAGACCCUGCUCCAUUAAUCGAAAACUACUCCGAUAGAACCGAAGAAUACUUCAGGCAUGGUAUGGAUACACUCCGCCGGGGAAAUAGACCACUAGUUUCAUCUCCUACCAGAAUUGAAAGACCCAAUUUGCCGCCAUUAAAUUUACAGCCCAGAACGCUAAGACGCCCGCCACAUUCCCGCCGUGUGAGUGAUGCAAAUAACUCUGAAAAAUCGGCCAUCUGAACCGAAAAUGGCGCGGUAUUUUCCGUCGCCGACUCAACCGAUAUUGACUAUGAAUGGACCAUCGAUUCUAAUGUUGAUAGACUUGUCUAAAUGUCAUUCACCUCAUAUUUCUUACUUUCUUUGAAUACAAAAAUCAUAAUGACCAUUCCUUUGGCGAAAAUAUUUUUAUUACGUUAUCAUUAGAUACCUUAAUAAUUUCUAUUAUCUGAAGCAAAAAUGUAUUCAAUAAUUCAAAAUUACAACACAUUCAUCAACAAUAAAUAGCAAAUGUAAUAUUUAAAAAUAUAUAAAACAGUAAAUUUAUAGAACUCACUCAAUUAAAUCACUUAACCUAAGCUUUUUGAACGCUGCUGAAUAUAAAAUAUGGACCUAGCUGGCUGCUAGCGUAAAGGAGCGAACCAGCACCGAAAACAUUAGGUAUAGUUUCUGUUGCUUAGGUAAGAUUAGAUAAUAAGUAAUGUAAGUUGACACCCUAGUCUAAUUUUCAACUAGUCACGCUGGCUUAUAAUAUUGUUAGCUACAUAAGUAGGUAUCUACUAACAAAUAAUUUUAUUUGACUGUUGUAAGAAUAAUAAUAUUUAAACGUGUAACUAGCUAUAAAAAUAUGUAAAUUAAUAUUGU